GGGAGUUAUCUCUCCGGUCCGACUCCUGCCCCAGAGGGCGGCGAGAGCACCCCUUUUUUAAGCGACCACGGGGGAAGAGAACUUCCCGGGUUCCUUAAUCCUUAUUUACGAACACCUUAUCGUUGCCUCCCUUCUCCUCGGGGGUUUAGGGUUCUCGCCGUUCUCUCUCGAGAAGAGAACGAGCGGAGAAGCGCAAGAAUGGCGGAGAGCUCCUUGAGGGAUCCCGACUCCCUCUGCCCCCACGUCGCCUUACUCACGAGUAGCUUCGCCGCCAUUCCCCCCGCAGCCGUCCCGGCUAUCAUCGACUGCGUCUUGGCCUCCUCCGCUCUCUCCCCUCCUCAGCUCUUCUCCUCUCUCCUCCACGCCUUUCCCGAUCUCUCCCAGGUUCUUGAAUCGAACUACAUCGUGUCUUAUGCCGCCGCGCUUUGCCAUCUGAUCAAGAAAAUUGGGACUCCGGCUCCGAAUGAUUCUUUGCGAUUACUUAUCUGGAGAAUGUUUGUACCAUUGCUCGAAGUAAUCAAUCCAAAUGAUUCUGAGUUGCUAAGCCAGGUUUGUAGUUUGUUGUGCGAUGUCAUUUCCAAGAUGCAAUCUUGGGAGCUUGUGGGAGCGACCUUGGUUCCAUUCUGUCUGCGAUCAGUUGGCCUCAGCGUCGGUAUGCUUUACUGUGAGGAGUUGACCACUCAUCAAUGGAACAGCAAGGGCAUUAUUGAUCAAGAAUUUGAGGGUAUGUCCUCUGGAGUUUUGCUGCUGCCGAUCGCAUGCUGUAUAUUGAAAUCACUUUUGGAUGCGGCGUUGAGAAGAUGGAGAGAAUUUCGAAGCUUAGAACCUAAAUCAGUAGAUGCGUGUAACUCUUUGAACAAUUUUGUCCAUAGUGUGACAUCGGACCUAUCAAAGAUGGCACUCGGGAUGCUCAUGCAGGGUGCGGAAUAUCGGUCUUGCUCUAUUCGCCUACUCCUCCCACCCGUGUUCAGCUCGCUGAACGAGCGCCGUUCAGUUAUGAUUUCAGUACAUGGUUCGCAAUACACACUUUCUAGAGUUCUUCUCUCGAGGGAAAUAUGGAAAUGCUGCAUCUCACUUUUCUCUCUUGGACAUCUAGAGAGACUUGAUGCAUACCAUGUGCUCUCUUUAUACUUCUCAUUCUGUCGUAUGGAGUGUGAAGAUGUAACAGUAGGUAACACUGAUGAAGAAUUUGAUAUAAGAGCCACGGAGGAAUUUUGGAAAGAAAUACAGAAAGGAUUGGUUGAUAAGGAGGUUUCUGUGAGAAAGCAAGCUUUAUAUAUUUUAAAGAUAUCUUUAAGCUACUAUCCUUCUUCCCUUGAAAGUGAACAUAGCCAGUGUUGCUCUGAUGAUUCAGGAUGUAAUAGUAAAGCUAAGAAUGCAUUAACAAUUUCACAUGCUGAAGCUCCAUCUUGCAUUGGUAUGACAAAGAGAGGAAGGUGGGCUCACAAGGAAGCGAAGUCCUUAGGUGUUGGAGAAGUAUGUCAUUUGGAAAACCAUUCUAUGUGUAGUCAUGAAAGAUGGAAGGUCUUCCUGCUUCUCUAUGAAAUGCUUGAAGAGUAUGGGACACAUUUAGUCGAGGCAGCUUGGACUCACCAGGUAUCAUUGUUGCUUUUGUCUAGGCCGCUAAGUAGUUAUUUGAAUCCCGUUGCUUGUGGAACUUAUCAAGUUCAGAUGGAAACUUUGGAAGGAAUUUUCAGCUGGCUUGUAGUAUUGUGGGAACGUGGCUUUUCUCAUGAAAAUCCUCAAGUGCGGUGUUUAAUUAUGCAAUCAUUUUUGGAUGUUGAUUGGGACAAGUAUGGAAACUCUGCACACAUAGUUCCUAGAAGCUUUGUACUUGGCCCGCUUAUACGUGGUUUGAAUGAUGUUGUGCACCACAAAGACUUUGGUGUAAAAGGUGUUUAUAAUUCGAAAAUAAUACAGGGUGCGUCAAAGUUUUUUUGCAAUUUUUCUCAUCCAUUGAAAGCGAGUGAUCGUGCAACAUUGGUUUGGAGCUUAGCUUCUGUUGCUAAACAAGAGUCUUUUGGUCGAGCUGGAUUGAUGGCUCUUGUCUCUUGUAUUGCUUCUGCCGCUUGUUAUUCUUAUACAGAUAAUGAGAAUGGAGUACGUCAUAGUGUAGAUGGUUCUCUGGAGGUAGAUCAAAUAGAAUCUGCUCAAGGAAAUGUUUUACCCUGCAGUCCUGCAGAUAUAUUGGAUGUUCUAGGAAUUAUUAUCGAGAGAAGUAAACAACAUUUUAAUCCUAAUUAUCGCCUUAAAGUUUGUGAGCAGGUUUUAAAAGCUUCAUUGUCCCUGAUAAGCAUUACUGAGAUCCCACUUGAUCUGCUUUUGCACUUUCUUUCAACAGUUCCUCGAGAAUUUACUGACCAUUCUGGACCGUUAAGAGGAAUGGUGCAACAAUGGCUUACUCAAACUGAUGAUAAACAUUCUGUUGACAGUGGAAUACAUGUUCUGAAGAAUCUCAUCAGUUUUCCUACAAGCUUUAUAAAACACAAACAGCCACCUGGAACCUUGGUUUCUUUUGAUGACGAGGAUGUAAAUGCAUGGGGAGAUGAAGCAAGGAGGUGGGCAAGGGUGCUUCUCCUUGUAGUCACAAAGGAGCAACAACUGGAACCAGUGCUGACGUUUCUCUAUAGUUUUGGCAGCAGCCUUUGCAAACAAGAUCCUAAUAUGGAACAAGUUCCCAUUAAGCUUUUCAUUCUUAUUCUCAACCUGGUUGAUGAGUUUCAAAUUGUAAGGAAGAAAUUGACCUGCUAUACUGAAGCUAAGUCUGAAAUGGAAUCUGACAUGAAAAAUAUAUUGGAUUAUGAAUCUCCCCUAGUAACUUUGUUUGGGGAAAAGUCUACCAAGUUAUUUCUCCUUCUUUUGGAAGAACUGGUGUCCUUUGCCAAAUUAGUGUCCCAAGUAUUCUGGUCAAUAUCUGUGGUGAAAGAUAUACAGUUACCUUCUUCUGUCAAAGGAAAGCUUGGUGGUCCAAGUCAACGGCGGUUGGCUUCUCUUUCUACUACUGCUGUGUUGCAAGCGGUUUUGUCAAUGAGGGCUGUUGCCUGUGUUUUAUCAUGGUGUAAUCAGCUAAUCAUAGAUCAUUCCCUUGAUUCUGCAUUUACUUUCCUGUGGGAUUUCUCUUGGGAAGUUAUUAAGUCUCCUACUUAUGAUUCUGAGAGUGGAGCAGAAAUUCGUUUAGCAGCGUAUGAAGCAUUAGCAUGUGUCUUGAAAGCAUUGUCUACCUAUUUUAAUCCUUCAUGCUUAGAUUUUGUAAUGGCAUAUAAUGAAUCACAUUUUUCAAAUGACGAAGUCAAACCUUUGUUAGAUCCUCUGGUUCUUUGCUUCUUGCACAAUAUCAAUGAUCUCCUUGCUAAUGGAGUUUUGGCACGAAGUCGACGAGCGGUUCUAAUGAACUGGAAGUGGCAUUGUCUAGAUUCCCUGCUGUCCGCUCCUUACAUAGUCACUGAAAAAGGAGUUCAUCUAAAGGAUGCAUAUCACUUGUUUUCAGUUUCAACUCUCCGAAGUAUUUUUUCUGAUGUUGUUGAGAGCCUUGAGAAUGCUGGUGAAAGUUCUGUAUUGUCCAUGUUGAGAUCUGUAAGGUUGGUUUUGGGGCUUUUAUGUUGCGGUAGAAGGUCUUCAGUGUUUUUGCCAUGUUCUGGAGUUAAUUGUCAGAUGCUGCUGCAAUUGGUACAAUCUUCUUGGGUAUUACACCUCAGCUGCAAUAAGCGCAGGGUUGCACCUAUUGCUGCACUUUUAUCUGCAGUCUUGCACCGGUCAGUGUUUGGUGACUUGAGCAUGCAUGAGACAAAUGGCAGCAAACCAGGUCCCUUAAAGUGGUUCACAGAAAAGCUUCUUGAUGAAGGCACGAAAAGCCCUCGCACCAUUCGACUUGCAGCUUUGCACUUGACUGGGUUAUGGCUCUCGUAUCCUAGGACAAUCAAAUAUUACAUAAAAGAGUUGAAGUUGCUAACCCUAUAUGGAUCUGUGGCUUUCGAUGAGGAUUUUGAAGCUGAAUUAUUUGAAAAUCAUGAAGCAAGAAUGGAAGUUUCAUUGCUAGCUCAAAGCCCAGAUCGUGAAUUCACAGAGGUGUUUAUCAACACAGAGAUGUAUGCUCGUGUAUCUGUUGCUGUUUUGUUUUACAAAUUAGCAAAUGUAGCUAACAGGAGAAGUGAACUGGAAAAUCAAGAUACCUUGGCUUCAUUUCAAUGUGGAAAAGCAUUUCUACUAGAGCUUCUUGAUUCUGUGGUUAAUGAUAAAGAUCUUGCAAAGGAACUUUACAAAAAAUAUAGUGGUAUCCAUCGGCGCAAAGUUCGUGCUUGGCAAAUGAUAUGCAUACUAUCACACUUUGUUGAGGAGGAUAUAGUAGAAGAAGUCACAUCUAACUUACAUAUUUGCCUAUGUAGAAACAAUUUACCAGCUGUCCGGCAAUAUCUGGAAACUUUUGCAAUACAGAUAUACUUAAAAUUUCCGCUGCUGGCUGAAGAGCAGUUAAUUCCUAUUUUUUACAACUAUAACAUGCGGCCGCAGGCUCUUGCUUCAUAUGUAUUCAUAACAGCCAAUGUAAUCCUUCAUGCAAAUGAGUUGUCUCUUCAGAUAAAUCAUCUAAACAAUUUACUUCCUCCAAUAAUUCCAUUCUUGACCUCACAUCAUCACAGUUUGCGUGGUUUCACUCAGUUACUAGUUUAUCAUGUCCUCCAUAAAUUAUGGCCUGUUUUGAAAUCUAAUAGUUCAGAAGUUGCAUCUCUGGAGAAGAAGUGCUUUGAGGAUUUAAAGUCAUAUUUGACAGAAAAUACUGACUGUAUUAGGCUAAGGACAUCAAUGGAAUGUUUUCUUGAUGCUUAUGAUCCCAAUACAUCUACAACUCCUUUUGGGGUUUUUAAUGCCCACAGUGAGGGAUCUGAAUUUGAAUGUGCUCCAACCUCUCUCAUGGAACAAGUGAUCGACUUUCUAAAUGAUGUGAGGGAUGAUUUAAGAUAUUCCAUCGCAAAGGAUGCUGCUAUCAUAAAAAAUGAGAGCCUAGCUGUUGCAGAUGCUUGCAAGGAUGUCAAAGAAUCGCCUGAUCACAGCACAAAACAAGUAUCUUCACAAAUUUUCAGAGACAUCUCUCUGGAUUUCCAAAAGAAAAUCACACUUCAAAAACUCGGGAGACAGCCCAUGAAGACUGAUACUGACUGUGUUAUAGGUGAUGAUGAGUUUUUGAAACUGCUUUUAGAAAUGGAAAAGGAAGAUCAGCUUCUCAGCUCAGUGCUGCAGUCAAGAUAUCAAGCUGCGGAGCAAAUAAGGCAAAGUCAACAACAAUUUAUUCUUGUAGCAUCAUUGCUAGAUCGUAUACCUAAUCUUGCUGGAUUAGCGCGAACCUGUGAGGUUUUCAGAGCAGCAGGUCUGGCCAUUGCUGAUGCCAGUAUUCUCCAGGACAAACAGUUCCAGCUCAUUAGCGUUACAGCUGAGAAGUGGGUCCCCAUCAUAGAGGUUCCAGUUUGUAGCAUAAAGUCUUUCUUAGGGAAGAAAAGGCGGGAGGGUUACUCCAUCUUAGGUCUCGAGCAAACUGCAAAUAGCACUCCUCUUGACCGAUACUCAUUCCCAACUAAAACGGUACUGGUCCUGGGACGGGAGAAGGAAGGCAUUCCUGUAGACAUUAUCCAUGUUUUAGAUGCUUGUGUUGAAAUUCCUCAACUGGGGAUUAUCAGGUCACUCAAUGUUCAUGUCAGUGGUGCCAUUGCUCUGUGGGAGUACACUCGGCAACAAAGAUCCAGGCAUUCAUGAUCUAUUUAUGUGAUUCUGUUUCACAUUGUAUGACUUCUUUUCUCAUAUUUUGACCUUUAUGGAUAUUAUGUCUAUUGUGUUCCUUUGCUCCCACUUAAAAAGGCAAAUAGAAAAUCUAGGGUGGGAAGUAUGGCAGGGUAUUAUGGCAUUGCUGAAUUAGGAAUAAGAUUGAAAAAUUAGAUCUAGAAUUACAAUUGGUUCCUA